AUGACCAGUUUGCCCGCACCAAGUGAAAUUUGUUCCGUUUCCGGAUACGACCGGGCUGCCUUUGCCUCUGGUAAAACGAUUAUUAUCCUGGAAAACGGAGAUGUGAAACAUGUUGAUUUUGCUGAAGAGCAGCCAAUUCUAAAAUCUAUGAAGUUGCUCGGACGGGUCACUGCAUUAUCAGUGUCCAAUGAUUUUUCAAUUUUUGCGGUAGCGAUUGAAGAGGAAAAUGUUGCAAAAGUGGUAGUUUAUUCAUUGGAAUUAGCAAUUGGCGAAGAGAAGGCAGUGUAUGGAACGCAGUACCUCUCGACGGAAAUGUGCAUUUCUCAAGCUGCAGAGAUAAUCGCUUGUUUAUCAGUACUAGAAGAACGAGUUCAUUUGCAAACAUUCGAUGUGAAAGAUGGUAUCAAUAAUUGCACAGGGAAUAUUAUCGCUGAAAAAGUUCCCAAAAACUGGCAAAUAUCCUUUUGCCCUGCUGAUGAGGGAGUUCUAUGUGCACUCGGCGGCGGAACUGCGUACUUGCUCAGAGCCAGUGGUGGGCAUAUAGAAAACUUUUCGACAAUUUUGCUGCCAGGUGUUACUUGUCACGACUGGGCAAACGAUGUGAAUAUCAUGUUUGGAAGCACUACGGGAUUUUUGCAUAUUUAUCGAGAAACUAUUUCAUUGGAAGUGGUGGAUAUUCGAAAACUUUCUGAAAAGAUAUUGAACGACUCAGUUAACAUCGGGAUUAUCUCAAUUCGCAGCACGACACGUCGUCUCGCGUGUCAAACCGGUUCCGGAAUUAUUUUGAUUUUUGACUCGAAUGCGGAAAAUGGGCCAUCGUGGAGUUCGUGCCGAGCGUUGAUUAUAUCAGACUUCCUAUUAAAGAGUUAUCACUCUUUAUCUUUCGAUUUUGGCGACGAGAAUUUGCUUUAUGACAGCGGCAACGCCCUACAAAGAAUCUCUAUUCAAUAUCUGUCAAAGUUGAAUUCUUUCGAUGGAGACGUGGUUACAGUUAGACAUUGCAAUAAAGUAGUCGGGCUUCGAGCAACCGACUCAACAAUUAUCACUCUGGAUGAUACUGGGUUGUUCGUUGUGUUUUCGAAACUUACAAACCGUGUACUUUGUUCGAGUAGAGUGCCCGACGCCUUCUUCUUCACCGUCCUCGCUGCAUCUCACAAACUUCUAGUGGUUACCAAAACAUGUGUCGAAAGUUAUACAGUAAUGUUAGACGGCCUCAAGGCAGCCGAGUCGAUAUUUGAAAAGGAAUUGAUAAUGGCCGCCAUCGAUUCAUAUGACAUGUCAACUUUGGCAAUAUUAUAUGAGACCGGAUUCAUUGUUUUUCGCACUGAAGAUCGAUCUAUUUUGAUGUCUGAACAAAUAGCUGGCCGAAAGGACACGAAACAGAUGUUAUUCUCGAGAGAUAACAAAUUUCUAAUGUUUCUGACAAAGAGUGAUAAUGUAUUCUGUGUGGACUUAUCGAGCAAAAAGAUUCUCUGGAGCACCGAUUACAAAUUGCACUUUUUCCAAUCAAUGGGCUACUCCAACACAACUUUAUUGCUUCUGAAUCAGAAGUUUAUUGUUUCAAGAAUAAAACAUGGCAAAGACUUAUCAAAUGUCAAUAUGCACGCUUCAGACAUCGGGUUUUCCAUUACAUCCGAGUUGAUUGAAGGCAAUAACAAUUUUGUUUUCAUCACCGCUGAUUGUGGGGAAGUUUUGUGUUCUGCAGCAUCCGCAUUGGAUGAACCUUUUGUGGUGAAGAGCAAAAUCAAAAAGCUUCGAAUAACGGCUAUACGAGCGUUUGAUGACGAAUUUUUGGUGGGUUAUGAGAAUGGAAGUGUAGGAGUUUUGAAGCUAACUGAUAAAGUUCCCGAUGAGGUUCAAGAUAUUAUUUUGUGCUAUUUCACUGGAGUGAUUAAUUUAAAAUCGCUGCUGCGAGACAUCAAUUCUGAACGAAACCUUAUUAAAGAAAACACUGAAAAGUUUUUGAAUCUCUUCACAACUAGAACAAACAACGAAUUGCAACAGAUAAAGACUGAAUUUGAUGAAACUAUGAAGAACUACAAGGAAAGAGUCAAGACUUUUGAAAGAGACUUCAACGAAUCAGAGGCUAUCAAACAGAGGACAAUAUCAAACUUGAAGGGGUUGUACGAGGACGAGAGUACUCACCAGAAGAGAAAAUAUGAGACGAUGAUUGAAGAUCAAAUAAGGAAGUCAUUCCGACAGUUGGAAGAGAAACAAAAUGAAAUCAAAACUAUAAAAGAUGAUGCAGAGCGGAAGCACCGAGAUAUGAUCGGCUCGUUUCAUAUUACAGAGAAACAAUUUUCCAUUAAAGCUGCCAAUAAUCAACUGGAAAUUGAAAAUUUGAAAAAAACCAUCAAAGAGUUGAAAUUUGAAACUCUAAAAAAACACGAAGAACUGGGGGCUUUGAGAGACGAAAAAGAAGCAAACACCCAGAAACUCAAAGAAAAUCACAGGGAAGAUGUUGAGCUUUUAGAAGCUGAAAUUUGGGCAUUGAAAGCAACGUGUGUUCAACUCAACGAACAACGUGAUCAUAUUGGAGAUGAAAACGCAAAAGUGAAUUCUAUGUUGAGAAUUGCAAAGCAGCAGAUCGAACACACGAGGGAAGAAAAUCAAAGGCAAGAGGCAGAAAUACAAAGUCUGAAAGAACUUGUCCAGAAACUUCGCAAUAAAGAAAAUGAAAUAACACGGACCUACACGAAAGUCAAGAAGAACUAUUCGAUUCAGACAAAACAGUACCAUGAGGUGCUUCAACAGAGUCAUCUCUGGAAGCGACGAAUGCAAGAUUUGGAAGCACGUAUUGAUCAAUUAGCAGGAUGUGUCUAUGACCCUCGACGCCUAGAACACUCCGUUCUCAAUUUACUUGCUAAAUCUCAAAACGUUGAUCUCGAUAAACGAUACAAAGCCCCAUUGUAACCAAAAAAUGAAUAAAGUUUUUAUUUGUGGA